AUCGGCGCAGUUACCUCACAAGAAGUUUAGACCAGAGCCCAGACGGCACUACCCUUCCAGAUCCUUACGAAAAGGAAGUCCGUAGCGUAAGGGACGCGGGUUCAGUCUGAGGCUAGUCGUUCUGGUCCGUUGUCGUUCCGUCACCCGCUCCGUCGUGUCAUCGCCUUCCCCAUCUCUGUCCUCGGCUCUUCAUCUCCCCGUUUAGGUCACUCCCCGAAAACGCUUCAUCUGCGUUUCGUCCUCAAUUUGAAUAGUUCAUAGUGAUUUUUUGUCACUUUCCCUUCCCGUCGUCCGAUGGCCGACGCUGAAACCCUAGCGGUAGGCAAGCGGAAAGCGGACCAGCCAGGCGGAUCGACGGCUGGGAAUGGCGCUGCGGACGGCGACGAUGCAGAUCGCGCGGGAAAGCGGAGGCGGUGGGACAGCUGUGCAGAUGGGGUGCAGAGCGGUGCCGAUGGCGGGCAAAAACCCGCGGAGGGUAGCGGAGGGGGGGGUUCCGCUCCCGCUGCAGGCGCGAAGAAGGUACCGAGCGUGUCUUUGGACGCUCUGGCCAAGGCGAAGAAGGCCCUGCAAAUGCACAAGGAGCUCAACGAAAGGCUCAAGAAGCUUCCUCAGCUAAGCAAAGCAGCACCAGCAGCAGCCGCUGCAGUACCCACUGCAACAGCAGCCGCCGCUGCAGCCGCAGCCGCAGCCGCCGCAGCCGCGGCGGCAGCUAAGGGAUUGCCGGCGCCCGUGCCGGUGGUGGUGCCGGUCGCUGUUCCUGGCGUCGGCAUCAUGCCUGUCGUGCCCGGCGUUGGCGCUCCUGGAGCUGCCAUUCCAAUUCCGGUUGCUGCUGCAGCAGGUACCAUUUUCGCUCCAGAUGCAGCAGCAGCAGCAGCGAGCGGCAGCAAGGUGACGCGGGCGCCGGUGCUGCGGUUGGAUGCGAUGGGGAGGGAGAUAGACGAGCACGGCAAUGUGGUCGAGCGACCCAAGAUCGGUCCCGUCAGCACUCUCAAGGUCAACAUAAACAAGGCGAAGAAGGAAGCGUUCAAGAUCCUGCGCCCCGAGCUGGAGGAGGACCCCCACGACAGCCCCUUCUUCGACCCGCGCAUGGCCUCCGAGCGCCUCAAGCUCCUGCGCCCGCGCAAGGCGUCCUUCCAGUUCGUUGAAGAAGGGACGUUCGCCAAGCAGGCGGAGUCCAUGAGGAUGAGGGCGCAGUUCGGUGCGGCGAGGCAGAUGGAGAUGCAGGCGCGGCAGCGGACGCAGGAGAGGGAGGCGGCGGAGGGGGGCGAGGUCAACCCCAACCUCGUGGAGGUGGGGCAGCGCCCAGGCCAGCCAGCGGAGAAGCCCAAGCCGCCCAUCCCCGACGUUGAGUGGUGGGACGCGCUCAUCCUAUCAUCCAACCAGUACCCUGAGGACAGCUCAGAUGUGCUGGCUGCCCUCAAGGCAUCCAAGAUCACCGUCUACGUGGAGCACCCCGUGCUCAUCGAACCCCCGGCCGAGGCCCCCCCUCCGCCCCCUCAGCCCCUGCGGCUGACGAAGCGCGAGCAGAAGAAGCUGCGCACGCAGCGGCGCGUGGCACGGGAGAAGGAGCGGCAGGAGAUGGUGCGGCAGGGGCUGCUGGAGCCGCCCAAGCCCAAGGUGAAGAUGAGCAACCUCAUGCGCGUCAUGGCGGCCGAGGCCACGCAGGACCCCACCCGCAUGGAGAAGGAGGUAAGGGCUGCCGCCGCGGAGAGGGAGCAGGCACAUGUGGACCGGAAUCUUGCGAGGAAGCUGACGCCGGCGGAGCGGAGGGAGAAGAAGGAGAGGAAGCUGUUCGAGGAGACGCUUGGGGGAGGGGUGGGGGGUGGAGGGGAGACGCACGUGGCGGUGUUUAAAGUGGGGCACCUGCUGCACCCGCAGACAAGGUUCAAGGUGGAUGUGAACGCGCAGGAGAAUAGGCUGAGUGGGUGUGCGUUACUGGCUGAUUCGUUUGCGUUGGUGGUGGUGGAAGGCGUGAGCAAGUCGGUUAAGAGGUACCUGAAGCUCAUGAUGAGGCGGAUUCACUGGGCAGAAGCAGUGGCUCCUGGUGCUGUCCGAGAGGAGGAUGAGGAUAUGGGGGAGAGGGGGGCAAGGAAGGAGAACAAGUGUGAGCUGGUGUGGCAGGGUACGGUGGCCAGGGCUGCGUUUGAGAAGUUCACAGUGGAGCAGUGCCGCACGAGUGCUGCUGCCAGGAAGUUUCUGGAGGAUCGCAAGGUUGCCCAUUUUUGGGACUUGGCUGAAAAUUUGUGUCAAGAGUGAUGGACUUGGGUGUAAGUACGCUAUGGCCUUGCGUGGAGAUGGGGAUGCUCAUUGCAUUAUUACAAUUUAUUUCCCUGGUGAAAAUGCUCUAUCAGUGGCAGAAACUCAGGUGCAUGAUGCCAAAUGAUUUAGUAUGGUUAUGCUUGAGCUUCAAUCCAAUGAGGAAUUGAACUGUUCCUGGAAACUUAAAACUC